AUGGCGUCCUUGCCACCGCAGAGGUCGGUGUCACUCGCGCAAUCCAUGAACGAAGCUACUUUGGACGGCACAACUACAUGGGAAGAAGCCAUUGGCAUCACCGAUGGUAUGAAAAUCAUGACUUUGGACAAGCCGUUGGUAGUGAAUAAGCCCAUUGGUGCCAUCAAGAUCGGGGACCUGCCUGCAAAAGACGAGAUCGUGGACAGUAUGAACAAAAAGGUGCAGUUUUUGGAAGUUUUGAUGGACUACGAGGGUGACCUAGACCUCAAAAUCAUCGAAACUCUCUUCAAGCAGCAGAGGUACAGCGAUCUCCCUGAGCCAAUCAAGAUGAAAGGUAACAAUCUCCAUCCCUACACCAUGCAAUUGUUCUUGCUGCCAAAAGGGGCGAACAAAUGGGAUAUUGUGAAGCAUGUCAGGUUCGCCGACGGCACCAGGAUGAUGAGUUCAACCAUUAAAACGAUGUGCACGGGGAGGCCUUUGGAGAUUAACUACCAGAAGAAUUUCCGUGAAGGUUCUCGUGCCUUACAAUAUCUAUUGGAAGGCUUGGGUGGGUUUCAGGUUCGGUACCACCAACUCGUCCCUGGGAAUGCAAGCACCAAGCCGGUGAAGGAAACGGAAGACAUCCGCAAAGGCUUCACCUUCCUGAAGGAGCACGGGCCGCAGGAAAAUUCCAACGGCGAGUUCACAUCUUGGACGGAGGAGCAAGUCAAUGAUCCAAACGGACCGUUGUUUCGGUGGGACAGGGGCACUAUCAAAGAAUAUCUUCGUUGUUUGGCGGACAAAGGGUCGCAAGCGAAAACUAUCGCAGACUGGCCGCUCACUCUCGUAGACUUCACUCCGUGGGCCAUCAACCUAGUCAUCGCACCGGUCUUGCCUUAUGUCAUCGAGAGCGGUGUCAUCUGGAUUGGUAAAUCCUAUGUUGGCAAAAGCCCGCUGUCCUACACACUCGCAAAGGUUCUUUCCGCUUAUUGGCUGCUCCAAGAGGGUCGUGACGACCAGGGGCCUACAUUCCAGACGGCAAAUCAUCUAGACUACUUCCGGAAGGAGAUGGGGCGUCGGACAAAGCCGCGCGUCUACGACGAUGGCAACCUUCCAACAGAGCUCCCUGCAUCGGUGAAAGCUAUUUUGGAAGUGUCGGGUGUGGAUCGCAAGACCAUGGCGCGAUACAAUGCGUCAUCGUAUGAAAAGAAUCAGUUUUGUCAGGUGUGCUCGAACCCCUACGACCACCAAGCCGCCAAGCCCAUGGACAAGAAUGUAUCUUCUGAUCAGGUUGACUUCAAGACCUUCUACGACUUGGUGCGCACACAGCAAGCACCAGUCAAACGGCAUGCUUGGCCUUCCGAUGACCUCGGCAUGGUGUCGCCGUGCGCCAGGCCAAUCUUCGACGCCUACAAGAAGGGUAAUCUCUCCAAGCUGCCGCCCAACCACAGCGUCAACUUACAAUGGUCGCUCAACUUGUUGCAAGCCGCCCUCGACGGUGAAGCGGUUGGCCGGUGUUACACAGUUAUGCAAAAGGACUUCUCUGGUAAAAAAGUUGUGCGUGAGUGCCGUCCUGAGCUCGCCAACAUCGACGCCACGACCGUCUUCUAUCCCGACCUCUGCCAAGAUGCUCCAGCUAGCCUCCCUGCCAAGCGCCUCAAAUCUGUGCGGUCUUCCAAUGCUCUGCUCACCAACGAGACCAGUCAUGACGAGCACCACCAUGACGAAGAUAAACCGAAGCAGGUCUUCAUCUCCGUGGCCUUCUCCGAAAUCGAAGGUCCCAUCGCCAAAGACAUCUGCAACUUCUGCCGAUCCGCUCCCGGCAGUGAGAUGGACAUUGCGUCGCCUAUCCGCGAUCCUAUGGAUGAUCUAUCACAAGAGCUCGACGCUUUGUUCGCGGAGGAACUCGCGAAGGACGACCACCAGUGA